UACCUAAAUCAAAAAUGAAUUCCUCAAUCGAUUCCUUUUCAUCGUUGCUCUCUUCAUUCGACUCCCCAUAGUCAGAUUGGUUGCUCUCUUCAUCGUUGUAUCGCCUCACUCUCUACACUCCCAAUCAGUAACGAAACCCUAACCACCAUCUCCAUUCACUUCAUCCCUGUUUUGCUGCCUCUGCAUCUUCGGCUCUCUUCAUCGUUGUAUCUCCUUACCAGGUGUUUGAAAAUGUGCAUCAACUGAAUACCAUAUCCGAAGCAUCAUGAGUUUUAUCAUUAUUGGUUGCUUAUCCAUUUAUAAAGGUUCAAAAACUUCAACAGGAAUAUUAAUUCUCAUUAUGUCAUUAUGGAUUUCAAGUUGUUUCCUUCUGUGAAGCUAAGUUAGAAGCAUGACUGUAGAUAACAAACUGGGACAGAAAUCUCGCAAAGAGCGUCAUAAAGAAGCUCGAUUAACGAAGAAUAAGAAAAAGUUUGAUUCAUGGAUUGAAAAUCAAGAAUAUCGCAAAUUGAAGAAAAUUUCAAGGAAUUCAAAUCCAAAAAAUGUGAAGAAAUCACAAAAUUCAUCUAUUGAGAGACCAAAAGGAAGAGAAGUUUUGCAGAUAGAACCUGACUAUGAAAGAGAUAUUAGCACAGAUGAACCUGCUAUGUUGAAAACCUCUGAAGCUAAAUUGGAUUUUUCAGCAUUUCCUAAUCAUACUACAGAAAAGAUCAUAGAAAGAAAUAAGGGGUUAAAGAAAGAUUCAAAAAGUAAGUUUGAAGAGUUUCUUGAAAUGGAAAUUCAACAGGAUGUCAUUUCUGCUGAGGAGGAUUGUGAAUUGGAAAAGAAACUUGCAAAGAAACUCAGGGUGAAGGAUGGGAAAUUAAGGGGAGUGGAUGAUGGCAUCAAUAUGUUAUUUGAAGGAAUUCCAUCUGUGAUUGAUUUCUUUGAGGAAGAACCAAAUCCAGUACCUGAAGAAAUUUUGAAGAAGAGAUCUAAGAACAGUUCUGCAUCUAAGAAGCGUAAGAAGAGUAUGUCAUUAGAGAAAGAACCAGAGCUUGGUAGUGAGAUGGCAGUGGAGACACUGGUUGGAUUAUCUAAGCCAGCUGAAACUUGCUAUGAGACAGAUCAAAGCACAGAGCAGCCUACCAAACUGAAAAAAUUUAAGACUAAACUGGAUUCUUCAAAAAAUACUGAUUCAGUUGCAGUGAAGAUGGUGAAAAAAAAGAAAACAAAGUUUGAAGAAUAUCUAGAAAUGGAAACCCAACAAGAUGGUGCAUCUGCCGAGGCAGAUUUGUAUUUGGAAAAAAAACUUGCUAAGAAACUCAAGGUUAAAGAGGGGAAUUUACGGGGUGAUGAUGAUGACAUCAAUUUGUUAAUUGAAGGAAUUCCAUCUGUUCUUGAUUCCUUUGAGACUGAAGACAGUCUAGAUGACAAAGCUUCAAGGAAGAGUUUUGAGAACAGCUCUUCACGUAAGAAAUGUAAAAAGAUCAAAACAUCAGAGCAAGAGCCAGAAGCUGAAAUGGCAGGUGACAUAGAGGUUGUAGUAGCUGAGCCAGUGGAAGCUUUUCAUGCUAAGAUGCCACUCGAAAAAGUUCUUGCGAAGGCACCUCAGUUGGAUAGAAAUACAAAAUAUGUAGCCCCACACCUGAGAUCUCGUGUCGAAAAGGAAUCAGAAGAGUUUUCGCAAAUUCGUAGAAGGGUACGAGGACUUCUGAAUAGGAUGUCUGAAUCGAAUGUAGAAUCAGUUACCAGCGAAAUCUCCACUAUCUUUCAUUCUAUUGCUCGCAAUGUUGGUUCUCAGGUUAUUACUGAAGAGGUUUUGGCAUCGUGUUCUGGAGGUCCUCGUGGAAAUGAACAGUAUGCUGCUGUUUUCGCCGCUUUUGUUGCAGGCAUGGCUUCUUUGGUUGGGAUGGACUUCGGUGCAAAGCUUUUGGCUUCCCUAGCUAAAUGUUUUGAGGAUGAGUACCUAGAAGAAGACAAUCUUUCUCUGCGAAACGUGACACUUCUACUGUCUUAUUUAUACAUUUUUGGAGUUUGCUCAAGUGAUUUGAUAUAUGACUUCAUGAUUAUGCUGAGCAAGCGGUUGAUGGAGAUAGAUGUUUCUACUAUCUUGACAAUUCUACAGUGCUGUGGGAUGAAUCUAAGAGGUGAUGACCCUGCUGCCAUGAAAGAUUUUGUUCUCAGUGUGCAGAAUAGAGCAAAUGAGUUGAAGGCCUCUUCUGGAAAUGGCCAAGCAAAUACAAGUAGCAAAAGGAUGGAGUUCAUGCUUGAAACCAUAUUUGAUAUAAAGAACAACAAAAAGAGGGCAAAAGAGGAUACUCCACAGCAUACACGGAUAAAAAAAUGGCUACAGAAGCUGAGGGUAGAAGGUAUUUUAAUUCGAGGGCUCAAAUGGAGCAAGCUCGUUGAUCCUGACAAGAAAGGCCAAUGGUGGUUGUCUGGGGAUAUGGCGUCCACAACUAGCAAUUUUGAAGAGGUUGCAAGCACAAUUGACAAGGAGUCGCUCGAAGCCCAGAAACUGCUACAGCUUGCUGCUGUACAGAGAAUGAACACAGACGUUAGAAGAGCAAUCUUCUGUGUAAUAAUGAGUGGGGAGGACUAUGUUGAUGCCUUUGAGAAACUUCUAAGGUUGGAUUUGCAAGGGAAGCAGGAUAGAGAGAUCAUGCGAGUGCUCGUGGAGUGUUGUUUACAGGAGCAAGUCUUUAACAAGUACUACUCCAUUCUUGCUAUCAAGUUAUGUAGCCAUGAUAAAAACCACAAGAUCACUUUGCAGUAUUGCCUAUGGGACCACUUCAAGGAACUGGAGUCGAUGCAGUUGAUGAGAUCAAUGCAUCUAUCAAAAUUUGUUGCAGAAAUGGUUACCUCUUUCACCCUCUCUCUAGCAGUCUUGAAGGCCGUUGAUUUCAGUGAUACAACGCAGCUGACUCCAAAAAGAAUAAAGCAUUUUCAGAUGCUAUUCGAGGCCAUCUUUGAACAUCCUGAUAGCCUUGUUUGGAAUGUAUUCACUCGUAUAGCAGCUAGCCCCGAGUAUGAAUCCCUUCGAAAUGGUGUAGAGUUCUUCAUCAAUAAGUAUGUUGUUGGUAAUGAAAUAUCCCUUGCCAGAAAAUUCAAGAUUGCAAAGAAAGCAUUUACUAAUAUUGAAGGAGUCCUCAUGUGAGUGUGAUACAUAAUUGUAUUCUGAUUAUUGCGGUACUUGGCUGGCGACAACAAAUUUUGUAGUUCAAAUUAGGGUUUAAUUUUUUUUUAUGAAAUCAAUUUUGGGUUGUUCUUGACCUAUGGAGGUAAUUGAAUGAAUUUGUUUUUUGUGAUA